UACAGCAGAGGGCAUCACUGUAUGUUCACUGACUUGCAGUCUUUCAGAUGAUGGAUUAAACUCUUAAAAGCUCGUCUUGUAUUUGAGGAAAAGUUACUGGAGCCGCUGGCAGCGCGCGUUCAUGUGAUCCGCGGGCGAGCUUUCCUGUAUCCUUCAGAUGAAAGAUGCGGGAAGGACUUCAGUGUUUAUUCACAACUCUCGUUUCACUUUCCUAAUUUCUAUCGGUAUUGACUUGUUCUUGAAGUACAGAAGAAGUCUGCCCAAGCAAUGAUAGUCCAUCCAUUCAAAAGUUUCAUUUACAAGACAUAACUCAAGCAUCUUUUCAUGGUGACAUCUGAACAAUCAUGUAACCGCAUACUCUCAAUCCAUUAUAAUAACGGUAAAAAUAGUGUCACCUUAAUCAUGACAGAAAAUCUUUAUGAGUCAAAUCAGUUCACUAACCACACCAACGGGAACUAUUUGUUCCAGCCAAGCCCAGGCGCCCCUCACUAUGGUGUACCUAACAUAAACUCGAUUCACUCAUCUCCAAUGUCUCCACGUUUUAGUCAAGAGCAAAUAACAUCUCCUGUCCCUCCAGGACCUGAUGUUUCUCCAUUGCUCGAUAUGCCAAACAGCGCUGGGAGUUGGGAUUACAAUCAGUUUGGAAGGGGAUCAUCGUGGGGUUCAUCUCAGGAUGAACUAUCUGAAAGCACUGCUGUUUCUCGAAUCCACCCCUUCAAUGUCAACGAAUCGCCGAAUUCCAAAGACAACAACCCUCAAAGGUUGGACCCGUUCUCUAAGGCGUUCCCGACCAAGAACAUUCACCUCCUCUUUGAAGACGGCAACAGGACGGCUGAUAAAAACUCAGAAGACAAUCAUAUGUCAGGUGUCUUCCAAUGUGGAACGUUCUCCGAUGGAUCAGACAGACAACACUUACAGUCUCCCGUUUAUAAUCCCAUGGGUCAAACGCAAACAAUAAGUGAUCAGACUGGAUUUCCUUCAUCAGACAAUCAAAACUCACUGCACGGCCUUUAUCAAAACCACCAGCAUUUUAAUUAUGGAUACCAGCAACUCAAACAAAAAGCGACCAAUGAGCAAGUAAACCGAGCACUUCAUAAACCCCAGAGCUCUUGGUUUCAUCAGCACGGCUAUCAAAGUCACCUAACGUCGUAUCCCAUUGGUCUGAACCAACAACAACAGCUUCAUCUACAACCCAGAGGAACGUUUUCACAUAAAACUCAUCUGGACUGUCAGGAGUGUCCGUCUCCAACCUACAGCCACGGUCAAGACUUCAAGACCCCAGAACAGCAAAACUUCUCAGGCCUUCUGUCACCUCACUACCAAGACCAGCAAUAUAUCCAUCCACUUUCCCAUCAAAACAGUCUCUACCAACACCAGCAUUCGCAGGAGCACGUGCAGUCAAUCCCUGUAAAGCAAUGUAACGUGUUUCACGAUGGCCAUUUGCCGUCGUACGACAAACACUCUGCACCCAACACGCCUGUGUUUUCUAGUCCCAAAGAAGACCCCCAGUCCGGUUUCAAUUUCUCCAAUAGAAGUGAAGAUAUCUGCAGCUCCCAUUAUUCAAACAAGAGUUCAGGGCUCAAUAAAGCCGUUUCACAGACGACUAUGAGAGCAGAUAUAUUUUCACAUCUACCCUCACAUUCAGCUCAGUGGUCACAGGCAUCUUCAGCUGAUGUUCAGGAUGAAACUACUUCGCAACAUUACAGGGCAGAAAAUGGGCCCUCGCAUCCCAGAAUGAGAUGCACCGUUUGUAACAGGGAAUUUAAAAGCCUUCCAGCUCUGAAUGGACACAUGCGCUCCCAUGGAGGAUUUCGAACAAACGCCUCAUCCGUUAAGAGAGAAGUCUUUCAAACCAAUCCCAUCAUCUUACCCGUGUCAGUUCCUGUGAAGAAUUACCAAAUCCCCUCCAAACUUAAUCUUGGUACUCAUUGUCAUCAGAAAGAUGAUGAUCGCAGUGUUCAGUCACCCCUCCCUCCUGUGCGGAACCAGCCUUCCUGUAUAAAGAGAUCCGUCACUGGUGGAGAAUGUGGAUCUAAACAGGGGAAACCGAGAUAUCGUCAGUGUUUGGUCCCUCUCAUGAUUCCUCCGCUCAGUGCCGGUCAGGAGUCCAGAGGUGCUGUGCUUUUCAGAAGUCUGCUAAAAACACCCAGCAGUAGGGGUGAUGAUGUACCGUACACCCCUCCACCCAUGCUCAGUCCCGUACGCCCGGGCUCGGGUCUCUUUAGUGCUGUUAAUGGAAGAAGUGUGGGCGGUGGGACAGAGUCUGAUGGUGAUGUCCUCCACAGCGCAAAAGGUGAUCCAGAAAACUCUGCUGUUACUUUAGCACAGAAAGUUGUCAAUGUAACACCGCGAAUUAAUAUUGGUGAAGAAUUCCAAGCUAAAAUCCCAGAAAUUAGUCAAUCCCCCACAGAGGAAGACUCACAUAAUGCAGUUCUUCUGUGGAUGCCCACCAAAGAUCUGGAUACCCCUAAUAACCAAGAAAAAGUGGACGACCUGUUAAAAAUGGCUUGUUCUAGUGUACUACCAGGAGGAGGAACAAACACUGAAUAUGUCCUACAUUGUCUUUUUGAGUGUAGGGGAGAUAUUAUGAAUACCAUUGAGAAACUUCUCUUGCCCUGGAGAAACACAUUCGGCCCCAAAACAGACUAUCAUUACGCAGGUUCAGAUUUGUGGAGUCCCCAAGAGAAGCGACUUCUGAAUAAAGCACUAUUACUGCAUAACAAAGACUUCUAUCUCGUCCAGAAAGUGGUCAAGACUAAGACCAUAGCCCAGUGUGUUGAAUAUUACUACACGUGGAAGAAACGUUUGCGUUUGGGUACGAGAGUUAGUUCAGCUUUGACUACUCCUGUUCAAGAUCAGCAGGAGGACUGGUCAAAAAGCCUCACGACAGAGCAAGAAACCAAGAGCAAAAGCUCAGACUCCCACACUGUGUUUGUCUGUGAAGUCUCUCAAAUGAACGGAAAACUAUGGAACCAGAACAACCUCGGUCAGCUCUGUAGCUCGCCAGCAGAACACAGAGCAUCCACGCUGACUCAGUCUUUGGGUUCGGGUUCUGUAAGAAGUUCUCCUUCCAACAGCACCACCAGUGGAGAUACAGAUUCAACUCUUGUAUUUCCCUGCACCGAAUGUGGAAAGGUGUUUUUUAAAGUGAAAAGUCGAAAUGCCCACAUGAAGACACACAGACAACAAGAGGACACAUACUUGUGGCAGUUUCCCAGGGUCCAUGAUCAAGAUAACGGGAUUGUGACAUCUGACUGUCCUAUUGCACUAAAACAAGCCACACGCCUUCGUUCUGGUGACGGUACCGCAGAGGAAAACACAUUUCCUUUGAAUGACAUAAGUUCUGUGCAGGAAAUCAGUUGCCCAUUAAAGACUGUCAUACAGAGUCAGCUGGACUAUAUUACAAGUUAGUCCUUAAGCGGACAAAGUGUAGCACUUAUACCAGACUUGUGUAACAUCCAUAUUGGUUUUAAAAGUACAUAUUGUGCCAGUUUCAUCUAUAUGUUAAAAUAUUCUCUGAAAUCCUGUUAAAUAAGUCUCUGUAUCACAUUUUAUUUGAAUAAACCUCCAGGAUUCUU